AAACCAAACUGAAGUCUCAUCUAAAGCGUAAAUACAAUCACAACAAUGGAAGCCUUAAUUUCUUGGGUUGUCUUAGCCACGGCAUGGCUAGCUGCGCUAAUCUUCCUGAGAAGAAUAAUCUCAACUUCCAGGAGCCAAUCCCUACAGUCUCCACCUCCUGGUCCUAAACCAUGGCCAAUCAUCGGCAACCUCAACCUCAUUGGUCCACUCCCUCACCAGUCACUUCAUAAACUAGCCGAAAAGUAUGGACCCAUAAUGCAACUCAAGUUUGGCUCUUUCCCUGUUGUUGUUGCCUCUUCUGCAGAAAUGGCUAAACUUUUUCUCAAGACACAUGAUCACAUCUUCGCCUCCAGACCAUCAACUGCAGCAGGCAAGCACACAACUUAUAACUAUUUGAAUAUCACAUGGGCUCCUUAUGGACCAUACUGGCGCCAAGGCCGCAAAAUUUACCUCACCCAACUGUUUAGCUCAAAACGACUCGAAUCUUACGAGUACAUUCGUGCUGAAGAAUUGCGAGCCUUUGUCUCUCGUUUGAAUGCCUUAUCAGGGAAACCUAUUGUGCUCAAAAACCAUCUCUCACGAGUUACUCUAAGCAUUAUAAGCAGAAUUGUGUUGGGGAAGAAGUAUUUUAGCGAAUCGGAAUCAGAAAACUCAUCGAUCGUGACGCUUGAAGAGUUUCAAGAGAUGCUAGACGAGUUGUUCUUGCUUAAUGGGGUGCUAAAUAUUGGUGACUGGAUUCCGGGGCUAGGUUUCUUGGACCUGCAAGGGUACGUGAAGCGAAUGAAAGCCUUAAAGAAAAGAUUUGAUCGAUUUCAUGACUGUGUGUUUGAUGAACACAAGGCAAAGAGGAGAAAAGUGGAGGAUUUGGUGGGAAAAGACAUGGUGGAUUUACUGUUGCAGCUGGCUGAUGAUCGCAAUGUCGACGUUAAGCUAACGUAUGAUAGUCUUAAGGGGAUCACUCAGGAUCUGAUAGCUGGAGGCACAGACACUUCAGCUACCACUGUUGAAUGGGCUAUGUCUGAACUCGUGAAACAACCAGAGCUUAUCAAGAAAGCAACCGAAGAACUUGAUAGAGUAAUUGGCAGAGAAAGAUGGGUUCAGGAGAAAGACAUCCCCCAACUUCCUUAUAUUGAUGCAAUUAUCAAAGAAACUAUGAGGAAACAUCCUGUGGCAGUGCUCUUAGCCCCGCACUUGGCUUUGGAAGAUUGCAAUGUUGCAGGCUACCACAUUCGUAAAGGCACUAGAGUGUUUAUAAACUCAUGGAGUUUAGGCAGAGACCCUUCGAUAUGGGAGGCUUCCGAAGAGUUUCGCCCUGAGAGAUUCUUGGGCAAAGCAAUUGAUGUGAAAGGCCAAAGCUUUGAGCUGUUGCCAUUUGGUUCUGGAAGGAGGAUGUGCCCUGGCUAUAGCCUUGGACUGAAGAUGAUUGGGUCUGUCUUAGCUAACAUGUUACAUGGGUUUAACUGGAAGCUACCUGGCAAUAUGAAACCAGAAGAAAUUGGCAUGGAGGAAAUUUAUGGAUUGGCAACAAUAAGAAAGUUCCCACUUACUGUAGUCGUGGAACCCAGACUCCCACUUCAUCUUUAUUAGUUGAGAUAUCGUUAUAAUUAGUUUCUGCUUUACCUUUAAUAAUAAUAAGUGGGGGUUGAUCAUGUUUCUUCAACCUCCCUUGGCACUGUCUCUAAAAUCUUGAAAUUCGUGAGACAAGUUUAAGGCAGUCCAUUUCAUGUAUUUUCCAUGUAAUCCAUAGCCAUUUGAUUUACUCAAACAAUGCAAUCAGAUAUCCAUAUAUAUGCAAUCAUAUAUAUAAGAUUUCUAAGGA